AUGUCAGCACCAAUCCCCGCUGCUCAACGUGUUGAGCAAAUGCGCUCCAUGUUCCAUGAGCAAGCUAAAGCUCUUGCUCAGGAAAAACAAGCUGAAGCAGAAAAUAUCGCCGAACAAUAUUAUCAACAACAAAUUACAAAUACAACUAAAAACCUUGAAACAGAAGCUGAACGUCAAGAAAAAGAAAUCGAAGUUAACAGACAAAUUCAGAACGCUAAAAUUACAAACAACGCAAAACUCGAAAUUCUUAAGGCACAGAAGAAGGCUUUGAAUGAAGCACUUGAGGAUGCAAAGAACAAGCUUAACGAAUUUAGCAAAGGACCAGAUUAUCCACCAGUUUUAGCUAAACUCAUCGCUGAAGGUCUUGUAAUAUUAAAGGAACCACGUGUCCGUCUUACUGUUCGUAAAGCUGAUGUCCAGAUUUGCCAGCAGGUCAUUCCACAAGCCUUAGAUUUAGCUAAACAAGCCGAUCCAAACCUUGAUGUUAAGAUUGUUAUAGAUGAAGAACGUUAUCUCCCAGCUGAUCCACACUGCGCUGGUGGUGUCGUAUUCACAUGCCAUAAAGGAAAGAUUCGCCUUUCAAAUAUCUUAAAUGAACGUCUUAAACUCGCUUACGAUGGUAUUCUCCCACAAAUCAGAGAAAUCGUUUUACAUUAA